AUGGGCAUACCCAAACCAAACCUCGACGCUCUCGAGGAGCAGCGCCUUGCACUAGAAGACAACAUCCUCCAACUGCAGAAAUCGCUUUACCACUGGCGGACUUGGGAAGCUGAGUACGAUGGAGUCCGCGAGGAGAUUAGCCACCUUGAAGAUGACGCCAGCACAGACGAAUUCAUUGCCGUCGCUUCGGAAUCUGGCAGCACGCUGGUGGAUGAAAAGGAAAUGCGUUCGAUACUCGGUACGCAAGGCAUCAGGCGGACUCGCGGACAGGUGGUCGAUCUUCUCGGAAGACGGAUCGACUACGUGAAGCAGAAUGUUGCAACUGUGGAAAAGCGGCUGAGGAAGGCUGAGGAUGAGCUGCACGCCCUAUUCUUGGAUGAUCAACCUUCGCGGCCGGAUGGUGCGGACUUCCCAAUGCAGGAGAUUAUGGAGGAGCUUGAUGAGGAUGGAAACGUCAUCUCAAGCAAGAUCAACGUGCCUGGAAAUGAGGCUUCGGAAUUGUUGGAGGUGCUGAAGAAGGCUGGUGUCGAGAAUAUUCCGGAGACCGCUAAGCCGGAGGAGUCCACUGCUACUCCAGCUGACGAUACAAGUGAGGGUGCGGUGAAUGGGGAUGAUACGAACAGCUCGAAGGCUGCAGAUCUGCCGAACGGUUCCUGCAGCCAACAUGGAACCACAGAGCCCAACGCCCCAUCGCUGCGAUUCUCCCAAGCUCAGUCCCUGGUUACUGCCGAAGAUCGUAUGCAGCCGCCUGUGACUGACGUGAAUGAAUCUGCUGAAGAGGCAAGAUUGCGCCGUGAAAUGAUCAAUUACGGGAUCAAUGAGGUGGGUGCUAUCGUGGCAGAGCUGGAAAUGGAUGAGUCUGGAAGCGAGAUCUCUUUUGACGAAGAAUACGAUUAUGACACCGAUGAGGAAGACAACGAAGACGAUUACGGCCGCUCUCACACUCGCCUUACGCCGGAAUACCAUCGACAAAUGAUAGAGCUGGAGGCAAAGCUCAAUGCUCGGGGCCUCAUGAACCUUGGCAAGGAUACCCAGACGUUCCCUGAGGAAGUACAGAAAGAGAUCAAAGAACCUAAGGUCGAAACUUCCAAAGCUUCCGACAAGGAGAAGAAGCCCAAGAAAAAGGUCGCGUUCGCCGAGGAUCUUGAUAUUUCGCCGGCUCCUACAUCCCCAACCCCCGCCGAGAAGGUUCCGGCGUCACAAGCCGGGCGGCCCGAGCCUCAAGUGCUCACCGAUUCCAUCGUUGAACGAACUAGCAGUGCCCCGGCGCCUCCUUCAUCCACACCCACUGUCCCGAAGAAGGUAUCGCGAUUCAGAAGUGCACUGAGCGCUCCAUCGGGCAGUACUGCUAGUCAAUCCAUCACUACAGGGGCUACAGUCGCCAACCCUUCUCAAGUCACCGAGUCCCGCCUUCGCAAACAAGCCAAUGCAACCCCUUCUACCGUACCGCCUGUUCUAUUCCCCGCGAAACCAAAAGAGCCAAAGGCGUUCUCUACACCUAUCACAGACAUCGUCGAGAAACCCAUUCCACCUCAAUUCCCACAUGACCGAACUCUUGCCGAAAAUGUCUUCGAGCGACAGGUGAAACAAGGGGCUGUCAAGGCCCCCGAACUGGAUGACUACGACGAAGAGCUUCACCAAAAGCAGAUCGCGUCCGAGUUCUUCCAUAUGCAAAAUCGCAUGAACGGCGUAUCUAUAUCGGAGGAAGAACCGCAGAUCCUGGGACCCGCCUCCGAGGACUUACCCAAGAUGAGCAAGUUCAAGGCAUCGCGCAUGGGCUAG